UCGGCCGAAUUGACAGCUCUAUUUUCUACCUCUGGCCAGCACUAGCAAGGAAGCACGGAAGCAAAAUGUUCAAGAAAUUCGAGGAGAAAGACAGUAUCUCAUCGAUACAGCAGCUCAAAUCGUCUGUACAAAAGGGCAUACGUGCAAAACUCCUGGAUGCCUAUCCCAAGCUGGAGACACACAUUGAUCUGAUACUUCCGAAAAAGGAUUCGUAUCGCAUUGCCAAGUGCCAUGACCACAUUGAGCUGCUGCUGAACGGAGCCGGCGAGCAGGUUUUCUUCCGGCAUCGCGACGGCCCUUGGAUGCCCACACUGCGUCUGCUGCACAAAUUUCCCUAUUUUGUGACCAUGCAGCAGGUGGACAAGGGUGCCAUUCGCUUUGUACUCAGUGGAGCCAAUGUCAUGUGCCCAGGUUUGACAUCGCCGGGUGCUUGCAUGACGCCGUCCGAGAAAAAUACAGUGGUGGCCAUUAUGGCCGAAGGCAAGGAGCAUGCUCUGGCCAUUGGACUGCUUACCCUCUCCACAGAUGAUAUUCUGAAAGUUAAUAAGGGCAUCGGCAUUGAGACUUAUCAUUUUCUCAACGACGGCCUAUGGAAAUCGAAACCUGUCAAGUAGACAGAUUUCUUUAGCCUGCAGAACCUCGCUUUCUCUUAGUCUUCUUCACAAUUUAGUAAUGAGAGCAAAGAAUGGAUUUUCUAUACGCAAAAGUCCCAAAUUUGCGAAUUUAUCUAAACUAAAAUAAUAUUCCCAAUUUUUUCGUUUUUUUAUUUAUACAUUUUUUAUUUUAAUUGUCAGUUUAACUAUUUUAAAGCUAUCGAAAUAUAAACAAUGGCAUUUAAAAUCAACUCCUGCGCACUUGUCAAUGCACGGGAGAAACCACCUGUGGAGAGAUUCAGUUAAACUAAACCUUCCGAAAGAACGUUUUCCCAAAAACAAAGCUGUGUGUGUUUAUACUUAGCUUAAGAACUGGUGAUAAAUAAAUUCGUUGUGGAAUUCUA